AUGGCGGCUUCUUCACUGCGCAGAGCACUCGCAACUAAACCAAACUCACCCCUCUUUCAAUCAUCCCAACUCUCUUCCUUCUCCACCACCACCACUGUCUCACCUCCCUUCUCCUCAUUCCGUGCAGCUCAAUCCACCAUUGUCACUGAAUCAAACCCCAAAAAGAUCGCCGAUACCCUCCUCUCCCAAUCCUCCUUCUCCGCCUUCACCCGCUACCGCCCCAUCUACCCCUAUGCCGUCCGCAAGCUCGCCCGCGCCGAUCGAUGCGACCUCGUCGAAACCGUAAUCGCCGACUUCCUCACAAAGAAGAACAAGGUUUCCGAGGGGUUUGUGCUCCGGUUCAUCAUGCUUUACUCAGAGGCUGGUAUGACAGACUCUGCCCUUCGCUUAUUUAAUGAUUAUGCCCCUCAAUUUCGUACUAGUGAAAAACCCUUUUGUGCUGUUCUUACUGCAAUGCUCAACAAUUCUAAAUUUGAUGAGUUUCAUGAAGUUUUCGAUAGUGCCCCGGAGAAAAUGUCGGUUUCGCCUAGUGUUAAGGCGUAUAAUUUGAAAUUGAGGGCGUAUUGUGAGGCAGGGAAGGUGGAGUUGGCGGAGGAGUUGUUGGUGGAAAAAAUGGAGAGGGAUUUUGGGGUUUUGCCCGAUAUUCAUUCCUAUAAUGUUAUGUUGGGGGCUUAUUUGAAGGGGAAGGAUUGGGCUAAAUUUGAUGAGAAGUUGAAAGAGGUUUUAAAGAGGGGUUUGGAGAGUAAUGUGACUACUUAUAAGCAUAUGAUUGUGAGGCUGUGCAAGGAUAAACAGUGCGCUCGAGCUAUGGAGUUGUUGAAUGAGAUGGUGUCUAAAGGUGUUAAGCCGAAUGCGGCUUGUUAUAACUGGAUUAUUUAUGGAUUCUGUAGGUUAGGAGCUUUAGAUUCCGCAAAAAUGGGGUUGGAGAGGAUGAUUAGUGAUGGGAAUGUUCCACCGUCUUCGUUGACAUAUUAUACUUUGUUUAGGCAUCUAGUGCAACAAGGAGAGUUCCUUUCAGCACUGGAUACGUGUAAGGUUAUUUUGAAGAAGAAAUGGGUGCCUCCAUUUGAGGCAAUGGAAGGUCUUGUCAAGGGUUUGGUUGAGAUUUCCAAGAAAAAGGAGGCAUGUAAGGUGGUUAAGAAGAUGAAGAAGAGACUACGAGGACCUGCUUUGGACUCAUGGGGGAAGAUUGAAGCUGCUAUUUCCUGGUAG